AUGCAGACCCGGAAGGUCAGACCACGCAAAUCGGUUCCGAAGCUCGAAGCUGACGGGCACGCAGAACCGGAGCCGGGUCAGAAGGAACUAUACGCAUCAUGGUCGCUCUUCAUCUUAAUCACCCUGCUCAUAGUAGCUCUCUUCACGAGCUACAUGCUGCAGACGAGGAAGAUACAGGCCGUGCAUGAGACCGUGCUCUCGAUAUUUGCUGGCAUGAUAGUGGGCUUGAUCCUACGGCUGACUGCGAUCGAAUUUGUCCUCAGCGCCGUCAGCUUCGAUCAGUCAUUCUUCUUCAACCUGCUUCUUCCACCCAUCAUUCUGUCCUCGGGCUAUGAGCUGCACCAGGGCAAUUUCUUCCGCAACAUCGGCACAAUCCUUACUUUUGCCUUCGCGGGAACAUUCAUAUCCGCCGUGGUCCUUGCCAUUAUACUGUGGUUGUGGACCCGACUCCCUCUCGAUGGGUUCUCCAUCUCUUUUGUGGAGGCCAUGUCUGUGGGCGCUACGCUGUCGGCUACGGAUCCGGUGACCAUUCUUGCUAUCUUUAAUACGUACAAGGUCGACCCGCAGCUGUAUACUGUCAUCUUUGGAGAGUCCAUUCUCAACGAUGCCAUUGCUAUCGUUCUCUUCGAGACAGCACAGAAAUACCGGGAAGGCGCAACCGCCAAAGAAGGGUCGUUAUCAGCUUUCAGUUUGUUUGAGAGCAUCGGCAUCUUUUUACUAGUCUUCUUCGGCAGCUUGGUGAUCGGCUUGGUGAUCGGCGUGGCUACCGCCAUGCUAUUGAAGCUCACUCUCGUGCGGCGGUUUCCAAAGAUCGAGAGUUGUCUCAUCAUCCUCAUUGCGUACGCAAGCUAUUUCUUCGCCAACGCAAUCCACAUGUCCGGCAUCGUAUCCCUUCUCUUCUGCGGCAUCUGCAUGAAGCACUACGCCUACCACAACAUGUCCCGCCGGUCCCAACUAACCACCAAGUUCGUCUUCCAAGUAAUGUCUCAGCUCUCCGAGAACUUCAUCUUCAUCUACCUCGGCCUCUCUCUCUUCACCGAGCGCGACCUCGUCUACAAGCCCCUCUUCAUUCUCGUCACCGUCGUCGGCAUCUGCGUCGCCCGCUGGUGCGCCAUCUUCCCCCUCUCGCGUGCCAUCAACAGCGUCAUCGCCUACCGAGCCCGACGCCGCGGCCGUGAGGCGCCCGAAGCGCUGCCUAAGAGCCACCAGAUGAUGCUGUUCUGGGCCGGCCUGCGCGGCGCUGUCGGCGUCGCCCUCGCGGCGGGCCUGACGGGCGUUAACGGCUCGACGCUCCGCGCGACGGUGCUGGUCGUUGUAGUCCUGACCGUUAUCAUCUUCGGCGGCACGACGGCACGCAUGCUCGAGAUCCUGGGGAUCCGCACGGGAGUCGUCGAGGAGAUCGACUCGGACGACGAAUUCGACAUCGAGGUCGUGAACGGGGGGACCUACGUCCGUAAAUCGGGCCAGGGGCUGGGCCACACGCCGCGGCCAGGGACGAACGGGUUUGUGCUUGCGCCCGUCGAUGGCGCGACGGCGCGCUUUAACCGCCACGCGGAGAGGAAGGAGGGGAGGCAUGGGAGCUACAGCUCUGGCAACGCGAAUGGCUCGCCGCCCACGACGACCACGCGGCCGAAUGGCCACGGAGCAGGACCGCUACGGAGAUCAAGCAGCCGCGGCACCCGCAUCCAGGAAGCGGAGCAGAACCUCCUCUCCCCCGCCUCCGUCUCCUCGCCCUCGGACUCCGAGGACGCGGAUCUAGACCUCCCGCCACACGUCCGGCGGCCACCGGCGUCGAUCUCCCCGCGCGAACCGAGCCCCAUGGGUGCGAGCCGUCAACCUCACCCGCAAUCGCAGGAGAUGUAUCCGACGCACGGGGAGCGCGAGGCCGGACACGACCACGGCAGGAUCGCGAACGCGACGGCGGCGAUUCGGGGCGUGUUUCAUGGGUUGAGCGAGGAUCCGGGGGCCGCGUUUAGGCAGAUUGAUGAGGGGUUCAUCAAGCCGCAUCUUUUGCUGGAUCCGGGGAGGGGCCAUGGGCCGGGUGCUGUGUGA